AUGGUGGUAAAGAAGGAUGGCCGGGUUCAGGCCUUUGCAAUGCAAAUAGUGAAGAUUAUUAAGUUCCUUAAUGUGGAACUCGGUGAAGGUGAACCGCUUCCAUCCGCCAAUGUUCUUAACUCUGAGCAAAUGAGCAAGAAAACUGCUAAAGCGGCUAGGCCGAAGUCCUCUAGAACAAAGUCAUCAAAAGGAACCAGCUCAUCCGCACCGCUGGUGAAAGUUCGAAACAAGAAGAUCCCAAGGGGAAGGCGGUUCAAGCCGAGGCCUCUUAGAAGAAAAAGGGAAGGAGGAAGACAUCCGCAAAGAAGAGCUCCAACAAACCGGCAGACUCCGAGAAAACUCUCUCCUCGGAUCAUUCACCAAAAAGAACCGCAGACAUCUUUCAGCCCACUCCCAUCAACACAGUCCAUCCCAUUCCAGUCGACUCUCCAUCAUCAAGGCAAACCGAACCCUCGGGGAGCCAAGAAACCAAGUCAACAUCGAAGGAGGUAG